UGUUAUAGAAAAAAGAAGUUACAACAGAUUAUGUAUCAACUUCAGGAGAAUCAAAAACAACAACAGAAAUGGUUUUAGGAAAGAAAACUUAUAGUGUUGCAUUUUACGACUGUAAUGGAGAUGACCUGAUCAAUAAUAGAGGAACUGUAAGUUCUUAUUUUAAAAAAGCUAAAAUUCAUUUAUUAGUAGGUUCAACUCAAAAUCCUGACUCAGUUGAAUAUUUUGAAGGGUUAUUAAAAAAUAUUUCUGCUGAUCCAGAUGCUACUCCUAUUUAUCGUAUUGUUAUUUUAACACACUCUGAUUUACCAGACGAUGAUGACGUUGAAGAACAAUGUAAAAAGAUGUUAACUGAUGAUAUUAAUUUUUAUAAAUGUAAUUGUUUCCGUGAUGGAGAAAGUAUGAGUAAUCAUUUGACUGACUUCCUUAAAAGGGUUAUUGUUGAACAUCCAGAAUUGGUUGAAGGAUGUGCUAUUGAUUCAAAGUUAUCUAAAAGCGAAAAAUAUGAUAAGAAAAUAGAUGCUAAAGAAGAUAAAAAACAGCAAAAGAAGAAUAAAACAUCAGAGAGUGGAUGUUGUUAUAUUCUCUGA